UUAAGCUCCAUCCCCUCUGCUUAGCCUCAUUCAAUCACAUAACAGAAAUUGUUAGACAUUUUUAAAACCUGGAAGACAUUUUUGACUUCCUUUUCCUUAUUUCUUCCACAUACAUGGCUUUAAAAAAAAUCUAGGUGUGUUUAGGACAUCCCUGAUGCUAAUGGAGGCUAAUGAGCUUAGCGUUUAGCAUGCCCUGAUCAUGGUGGUGAUUACAGGAAGGUUUGCUGAGGGUAAAACUCUAAAGCGUGGGAUUAAAGCUAACACAUCCCACUAAAGUGCUGUUCACUCAGGAAUUAGCUAAGCGGAUGAUUAGCGUGGAGUUAAAGGACGUGAAGUUCGACAGAUGCUGCACGAACACACACAUACACACACACACACACAGGGAUUAUACACUGAUUACUAUCAUCUCUUUAUAUAACAUCAAGUUCACAAUCUAACAUUUUAUCAUGGUUUCAUUGAAAUGCACAGUGUGUUUCAUGGUGUGUUUGUGUGUGUGUAUGUGGUGUGUGUGCAGGGUGUGUGUGUGUGUGUGUGUGUGUGUGUGUGUGUGUGUGUGUGUGUGAUGACCCCGAGAGAUCAGCUGAGGAAGAUGACAGCAUUAGGAGAACAGGAUGAUAAACACUGGUACAGACUCAUGAACAGCAUGUCAGUCGGAGAACUGAGACAGAGGCAGGAGAUGAUGAUGAGGAACCCGAUGGCUUUGAACCCACAAGUUCUCUCUCAGACACAGCAGAGACUGCAGCUCGAGCCGCGCUUCAUCGACAGGGAGCUGGUUCCUCCCAGUGACAUCGUCUCCUCCUCGGACUCUCGCCCCAUGGCCCCCCCGCUGCCCCCCCACUCCGCCGUCCUCACAGGAAGAGCCUUCAGUUCAGCAGGAGGUUAUGGUUUCCUUCCACCUGAAUCCAUGGAAACGGUCGCUAGGCGACAAGAAAUCAUCCACAAACAGAGCAUAGCCAGGAUGGAAAUGAACGCCAUCUUGCAGCAGAAGGAACUGGAGAACCAGCAGAAGACGUUACUGACCAACAUGGAGAACCCUCUGGUGUACCAGCACAUCACACAUCCCAGUCCUGCCGUCUUCAGAGGACGUCAUCGUCUCCACGACAGCCAUGAUGUCUUCGACCUCCACGCCAACAGCUUCCUGAUGUCCAGCCCUUACCCACCAAUCAGCACUCUGCAGAGGGAGAGGGGGCGGCGCCCAGGCAGGCGAGCAGCCAAUCAGAGGUUUUCAGACAGCGGCGCUGCGUUUCAGUCGGAGAGGAACCAAAUAGGGGAACCAAAUAAGAACGUGGACGCGAGUCCCGGAGGUGCUUCAGGAGAGGAGAAGGAACCAGAACCAGAGGGAAGAGUGGAGACUGGCAGUGAUGCUAAUGCUAAUGCGAAACAUCAGCAGACUAAAGUGGAGCUAACAGGAAGGAAAAGUUACAGAAAUGGAGAACAGAUUAAAGUGUGUGUUAGCGCCCAGACUGGCUGCGCACACACAGACACCGCUAACAUCAGCGUCGCUAACGGCGACAAGGACAUGGACAAGUUCCUGUUCCCGCCCAUCACGCCACUGUCAGCAUUCUCCUACAUGUUCCCUCUGGGAGGGAACACACUACUGCCCCCUGCACACACUAACAUGUUCCUGAACGCAGAUGAGAUCUCUGCAGUGGAGGAUCUUCGCAAGUGGACGGUCGAUGAUGUUUACAACUUUAUCAGUAACAUCCCGAGCUGCUCUGAACACGCUCAGACGUUUAAAGAUCACAUGAUCGAUGGGGAAACUUUACCGCUGCUCACAGAGGAUCAUCUGCUGGACACACUGGGGCUAAAACUCGGGCCUGCUUUAAAAAUACGCUCUCAGGUGUUAAGACGGAUGGGCGGAGCUCUCUGCAUGGCUGCCCCACCCCUCGCUGCUCCGCUCCUUCAGCCACAGCUGGAGAAACAUGUCGAGAGAUCACGUGAUGUCAUUUCCCCUUUGACCUGCAGCACAGAUUUAACACAGAGCCCCAGUGUGGGCGAGUAUGAGACUUCCAGACCCCCGGCUGGGGACACACCCACCACCAGGAGCGACUCGGCCUGAAGGGGGCACUGUUCAGUCUCCAUUAUUCUUAUACAUGUUUUAUUCGCACUAGUUCACAGUAGCUAGUGAUGAGUCGCUGUUACUCUCUCAGGAAAUAAAUCAGUUUGGGGUUUAGAAUAAAGUUCAAAUUUAUUUUAAAAAGUGAACGUGUCAAAGGUGGCAGGCUAAAAAGAUUCAUAGCUUUCAUAUAUUAAUACUCUCCUAUACGUCCUUCUGUCUCGUAUCGUGCUGAGGAUUCAGGUGAGAUGAUAAAAUAGUACUAAGAAUAAUUUAAACAAUAAUAGCUUGAUGAGGGUCGUGUUCUCAUUAUGUUUUGUUAUUCUAGGCCAAAGAAAUAGAAUUAGCUGAAGUUCUGUGUUUUUAUACUUUGUACACGUUAUUUUAGAUUUAGUUGAAUUUGUAUUUUGAAAUUAGUUUUUUACUCUCACUGUUAACACAUCCUUUUUUGUUUUGCAUUGAAAUAAAGCAAUGUUUCAGAUAUUCUGUUUCACCAUGUAGUGCUUUUUUUUUAAAGCUUAUAUUUGAUUCAUAAUUACAUACAGCCAUAACAUUAAAACCACCUGCCACCAAAACAGCUCUGAUCCGAAGAGGCAUGGACUCCACAAGACCGCUGAAGGUUUGCUGUGCCUUCUGAAACCAAGAUGUUAGCAGAAUAUCCUUUAAGUCCUCUAAGUUGGGGCCUAAGUGGAUCGGACUUGUUUGUCCAGAACAUCCCACAGAUGCUGGAUGGUAUUGGGAUCUGGAGAAUUUAGAGGUCGAGUCAAUACCUUGAAAUCUUUGUCAUAUUCCUCAAAUAAUGUGCAUACCUCAAACAGGGUGCAUUAUACUGCUGAAAGAGGUCACUGCCAUUAGGGAAUACCAUUAACAUGAAGAAAACGUGAUUCAUCAGACCAGGACAUCUUCUUCCAUUGCUCCAUGCUCCAGUUCUGAUGCUCACCUGCCCAUUGUAGGAGAUUUCGGUGGUGGACAGGGGUCAGGAUGGGCACUCUGACCUGUCUGCAGCUACACAGCUCCAUAAGCAGCAAGCUGUGAUGCACCGUGUUCUGACUCCUUUCUAUCAGAGCCAGCAUAAACUUUUUCAGCAG